AUGUCGAAUCGUUUCCCAGCGACUGGAAUGAUGACGUCAUGGUGUGCCAGUAACAAUCACGAGACUCUACUCAUUUUCAUACUGGCUUCUCACUUUUAUUUGGAUUACCUGGCCAUGGGGUUUCCAUUUUUUAUGUCAGUUCUCAGACUGAUUUUUAUGGUUUACCCAAACACUCAUAAGCAGAUAAUUAAUAAAUUGCUUCGUAUUGCUCUGCCUUGUAUUUCAAUCUAUCCAGUCUUCAAUACAUUCUUCAUGUUUCCAGCCACUGGAGAAUGUAGACAACUGUAUCCUCCAUACGAGUUCGGCUCCAUUUUUAUUCACUAUUAUGGGGAGAUUGGAGGGCUCAGCAACUCUCCAUUCCUCCUUGCAAAUAUUGCUUUCUGGAUGGGAUCCACAAUAAGUAUCAACCUGAUGGUUAUCUUUCUGGUUGCCCAAGCAAGAAAUCGGGGAUCUCAUCAUGUUCAGUACAAGAGUAGGAAGAGUCGACGAGCAGAGUUAUCGGUGACGUUGACGACGUUUGCAAUGAUUUUGUCGUUUUUGAUGAGGGGGAUUUGUUUGAUAGUGUUCCUGACUAUCCCAAGUGUCGCCAGCUGGCUCGCCAUCAUUCGUCCACUGGGUUCAGAUGCAGAAGUUGUUGUCUCUCCAUGGGUAUUCUAUUUGACUCAUCCAGCAUUUCGAAGGAAGAAACGACAGUCCACGAUAACAAAUCUCUUCUCAUUCUUCUUCGACUACAUGUCGAAUCGUUUCCCAGCGACUGGAAUGAUGACGUCAUGGUGUGCCAAUAACAAUCACGGGACUCUACUUAUUUUCAUUCUAGCCUCUCACUUUUAUUUGGAUUACCUGGCCAUGGGUUUUCCGUUUUUUAUGUCAGUUCUCAGACUGAUUUUUAUGGUUUACCCAAACACUCAUAAGCAGAUAAUUAAUAAAUUUCUUUGUAUCGCUUUGCCUCGUAUUUCAAUCUAUCCGGUCUUUAACACAUGUUUCAUGUUUCCAGUCACUGGAGAAUGUAGACAACUUUAUCCUCCAUAUGAGUUCGGCUCCAUUUUUAUUCACUAUUAUGGGGAGAUUGGAGGGCUCAGCAACUCUCCAUUCCUGCUUGCAAAUAUUGCUUUCUGGAUGGGAUCCACAAUAAGUAUCAACCUGAUGGUUAUAUUUCUGGUUGCCCAAGCAAGAAAUCGGGGAUCUCAUCAUAUUCAGUACAAGAGUAGGAAGAGUCGACGAGCAGAGUUAUCUGUGACGUUGACCACUUUUGCAAUGAUUUUGUCGUUUUUGAUGAGAGGCAUUUGUUUGAUAGUGUUCCUGACUAUCCCAAGCGUCGCCAGUUGGCUUGCCAUCAUCCGUCCACUGGGUUCAGAUGCAGAAGUUGUUGUCUCCCCAUGGGUAUUUUAUUUGACUCAUCCAGCAUUUCGAAGGAAGAAACGACAGUCCACGAUAACAGUUGGAUAUUCAAUUAGUUUGGGUUCCGGGGGACGGAAGAUAUAA